GGCACCCAUCAGGUCCUCUAUUGGAACGAAGUCGCUGGCCAACGCAGCAUUGUGUUGGUUGAUGCGGCCGCAAUCUCCCGUAACUAGAACAAUACCAAGCCACUGAACUACCACAUUGACAUUCUACCUUCAGACACGAGUCGUAAACAGUGAUAGGAACGCAAAAAGCACACAUACCCUACACCAUCAUGCUGCUCCAGUCGGGCGCCUCUAAAGAGGCACUGCGCACGCUGAUCGUGGGAGGCCGGGGUGGUAUCGGGACGGCGUAUGGAAAGUUCUUCAACCCUGCGAACACGGUUGUCACCGCGUCAACACCGAAAAAAGUCGAGGAGCUGAAGGCCAAAAAGUUUGCCAACGCGCUUCAGUUGGACUUCAACCAAGAAGCACACUUCAAGAACUUGUCAACGGAGCUGAAAAACAUGGAUUUCGUUCCCGACCUUGUCAUCAACUGCACGGGCGUACUCGGCCUGCCACACACGGACCCAGCGAAAGCGGAAAAAGGCGAGAUCGUUCGGCCAGAAUCUUCCGUGAAAAAGAUAACGCCCGACAUUCUGCAGAGGACGUUUCUCACCAACGUCUUUGCCAACGCAUUGUUGCUGCGGGAACUCGCCUCGGGCAUUUGGAGCAAAGCGCCGAAGGACCACCCGCUUCUUUUCGCGUCCUACUCCGCCCGGGUGGGCAGUAUUGCGGCAAACGAAUUGGGUGGGUGGUACAGUUACCGGGCCUCUAUCAAAUGCAAAUAUGUCUGGGUCUGGAAGAAUGCGCGAUUUGUCAUGCUGCUUUUCCAUGACCCAUGGCAUGGGGUUUGGAAUGCAGGACCUAGCAUGACAGUUUCUGUGCGAUCUCUCUCAUGCCUAUCCUGCAUGAGAAAGUCCCUCCCGGCUUGGUCAAAACUGAACGACUUUUGGUAAUCAUGCAACACAGAUUUUUGCAUGCUGCAGAUUUAGCAUGAAAAGUUGCAAUGUUCCAGACCCAGACAUUUUUACAUUUGAUAGCCUCGAAAGCGGCGCAAAACCAGUUGAUCAAGACAUCCAGCUUAGAGUUCAAGCGGUCACACCCGAAAGCGUGCUUGCUUGUCGUGCACCCGGGGACCGUGGAGACGACUUUGAGCACGCCUUUUGUUGGAAACGCGAAGAAGCAAACGCUCCAGUCAGAGGUCCUGGAUGACGUGGAGAAGCUGUCGGGCUACUUUACACCCGACGUCGCCGUGCAACUGAUGUGGAAUAAUGUUUUGAGCAAGGUCGGGCCGGAAGACACAGGGAAAUUUCUCGACUACGCGGGCCAAGAAAUUCCGUGGUAGGUAGUCGGUUUUACUGCUCGACGCGAUGCUUUAUGUGUGGUGAUGUGAUGAAAAAUUCUGAUAUAUCCACUUCUAGAGAUGAAUGCCGCUUCUGGCAUCUCGACAUACUAGCCGUGCUGAAGUAUGCAGCAGUAACUGGUUUCAGUGUCGAAUAUGUGUGCAGAUCGAGAUCCUCGCUUUGUUGAAAGAACAAACACCUUUCAAUUCAUUUUUUUGUACGGACGGCCCGCGCGUCGGCGUGGGCGUCGAUUGCCGGCCUCCAUAAUUUGCUGAACUGAGAUUCUUUUCCAAGUUUCACCGCGCGAAUCAAGUUUUCCAUUUUCGCCCUUUCGCAGUCGCAGAUCGAUUCUGUCACGCCGACGCAUUUGCAGAAAAAGGAGAAACGCAUGCUCCACAAAGGUAUCGUCGAAAUCGUAUAAUUUCGAGGUGCAUCAUUGUCGAUGUUCGGAUACUGUUCGAAGAAUUUGAAUUUCACG